AUACCACCACAGCCGCCCCGGCCACCACACUUGCCCCGUCUACUACAGCUGCCCCGGCUACAACAGCCGCCCCGUCCACUACAGCCGCCCCGGCUACUACAGCGGCCCCGUCUACUACAGCCGCCCCGGCUACUACAGCUGCCCCGUCUACUACAGCCGCCCCGAAUACAACAACCGCCCGGUUCACUACAUUCGCCCCGGCUAAUACUACUACAGCCGCUCCUACUACUCCGAGAUAG